UAACAUCGAUACGCAUAAAAUAAAUCCGGAAACGUGCAAAUCCCCAAUUCAAAUUUUAAAUCUCGACCGUCCAUUUCAUCCACAUAACACCCCUCCCUUCUCUCUGUAUAUAUAUAUAUAUAUAUAUCCCUCACUGGAAGAGCUGCGUCGUGCGAUCGAGGAAACCUUUUUGGAAGAAAUGGUGGCCGAAUCUCUGAUCAGAAUCUACGAAUCCUUCGUCGAUGCCAUUGUUAUCGCCUCAGUCUUCGUCUUCUCUCUCCGUCUCUGCUUCAGAAUCGCUUCAUUCCUCGCCAGCCGACCAUGGCGCCGCCACCGCACCUUCACCUUCCGCCCGCGGUGGAGAAAUCCGGCGAACGAUCCUCAUCCGCCUCCGUGCUGCGCGGUGUGCCUCCGAGAUGCCGCGGAGGGAGAGAAGAUGCGGCGGCUGACGGUUUGCGGCCACUGCUUCCACGCCGAUUGCAUCGACACGUGGCUCUCGAUGAAGUCCACGUGUCCUCUGUGCAGAGCCGAGGUCCCGCCUCUUCCGCCGGCGAAUCCUCUCCUCUUGCUGAUCGUUCCGUACGGCGUCAUCGAAUACAUCACCAAAAACGGAACCAUCGUCUCCGACUCGUAGCGACGGGGACCGAUUCUUUCUUCUAGAAGCAGCCCAUUAAAAAAAUAUACAAAUGCCAUCAUCUGGUUUCCAUUCUGGAAUGGAUUUUGUGUUUUUUAUAUUAUAUUAUAUUAUAUUAUAUUAUAUAUGACAUUGAUGUUCCAUAUGCUGUUUGUUCCAUAAAUAAAGAUACAUAUGCUGUGUAUACAUACGUUCGUACAUAUAUACAUACAUCUAUGCGUGCUUCGGUGCGUGUAAAGACUAUUCAACAUCAAUUUUUUUUGUCAUGUAAUAAAAAGAAAACACAUUAUUCAUGCAUUGGAAUCUGACGUAGAUAUUUUAUUGCCGACAUAAUCAUAGAAAUACUGUUUUUAUUAAUUUAAAUUAUUUCUUACUGUACUAUACGCGUGUAUCUACGUGUUGAAUCUACGGCUGGUGGCACACCAAGAAGUGGAUAAUGUUCUCUCGAGAGAACGAGAUCAAAAUAUUUUUUUGAAGGAAUUCUCUUCUUUUUUUUAAACAAAUACAUUUAUAUGUUAAACACGAGGAUAUUAUUAAAAAUAAAAAUAAAAACUUCUGUACCAGAAACUCGGAAUAUUGACAUUCAAAUAGGAAAACAAACACUGUGGAUUGGUCGUACGAUCCGGAAGAUAUAGAAGAUAAGCACAUUCAUGGAAGAGAAUGAGACCGCAACUGAGGAUACCAGUUGAGUUAAGAUCAAACAAAUAAAAUUGGGGAUUGUUUUUGGCAAACAUCAUUAGAAGGGUUUUCACCUAACAACAAAACCAUGAGGACAUUAUAGAGCCAUCAUUAGGAACUGGCAAAACCGACAUGGGUUUGCUGUAAGUAAGCCAGAAAAUGCAUUGGUAUACAGUCUCAUGGUCUUACCUUAUGGGAUCACAAAAAAAAAAAAAAA